AUGGCGGGGAACAGAGCAAAGACCGCCAGCCGGAGUGGCGGCGCAUGCAAAAAAGAGCGAAGGACGAUCGGGACACGAGGAGCAGAGACAGCGGAAAGAAGAGAAGGAAAGAUAAGAGGAAAAGACCGCAGGAGAAGAAAAAAAAAGAAGAAAAGAAGAGUAGGGAAGAAGACGAAGAUAAAGAAGAAGAAAGAAAGAAAAGGACAGAAAAGAAGAAAAAACGACAGGAGAAAGAGAACGACAGAAUGAACCAGCGCAGGACGAAGAAGAAAAAGAAAAAAACAGAAGAAAUCAAGAAGAAGACGAAAAAGAAAAAGAAGGAAAGAAGAAGAAAAAGAAGCAGAGAAGGAACGACGAAAAAGAAGAAAGGAUAGCACGAAGAGGGAAGAAAAACACGCGACAGAGCCGCCGCAUCCGCAGCCAAGAGGAUACGUCGGCCAUAUCGACGCUACCUAUCCUACACCUCCUCCUCCUCAUCCACUUCCUCCUCCUCCUCCUCCUCCACUUCUUCCUCCUCUUCCUCCUCCUCCUCCACCUCCUCCUCCUCUACCACCUCCUUCUCUCCUCAGUAUAUGUGGGAUCCAGCACCUAGAACGAGCAGGAAACAAUCUGACUCUGUUUGACUCGCUCUACUUCUGCGUGGUCACCUUCUCUACCGUGGGCUUUGGUGAUGUCACGCCCCAGAUCUGGCCUUCUCAGCUGCUAGUGGUCAUCAUGAUCUGUGUGGCGCUCAUCGUGCUUCCCAUACAGGUGAGGGGAGAAUCCCAAUGUUGUUGUUGUUGUUAUUGAUGUUGUUGUUGUUGUUUUUUUGUGUUUUUUGAAAUAAUUUUUUUAUGGAUAAUUUAGCUUGGGCAAUUUACCAGUAUUUGUCCCUGAUGUAUUCCCCACACAUACGGCUGAGGGGAGAAUCCAAUUGAACAAUAAUAUUCUACAUCAGAUAUUCCAACUACAGAGAAGGAGUGUCACUGUGUCAGGGGACACUAUUACAGUGAAUCUGUCAUAUCCUGCCCAUAGUAGUAUCACUCUCCUCUCCCCAUGUCCCAUUACUGUCAUUUCAGUUGUGAUAAUAGGAACCUUUUAUGUGUGUGUGUGUGUGUGUGUGUGUGUGUGUGUGUGUGUGUGUGUGUGUGUGUGUGUGGUGUGUGUGUGUGUGUGUGUGUGUGUGUGUUUGUGUUUGUGUGUACGGUCUGAGCCGAUGUACUGCUGUGCUCUGGGAGGCAUGUUUGAGCAGGACAGGAAAUGACACACAGAUCCAUGUAGCCCUCUCACUCCCUCUCCAUGUCUUUCAUCCAUAAAUACCCCCUGACAUUUACUGGCUGCCCCACACCUCCUCACCCCCUCUGAGUGUGUGGGUUUCAGCCAUGUCUGCUGUCAGGGAGAGGAGAGCCUCCUGUCUGCCUCCCUGCCACCCAGCCUGUCUGAUGCACAUGGGGAUGCCACAGAUUACAUUAACAUGCAGCCAGCCUCCUGGUUCAAAUAUAACCAACUGUUUAUCACUAUUAUCACUACCUACCUACUGCUGUCUCACUGGUCUCACCUAAACCCUAAACCACCUACUACUGUUUAUAUCACACCUAACCCACUUCGUCUAUCACUACCUCAACCCACCUACUGUCUGUCUAUCACUACCUCAACCCACCUACUGUCUGUCUAUCACUACCUCAACCCACCUACUGUCUGUCUAUCACUACCUCAACCCACCUACUGUCUGUCUAUCACUACCUCAACCCACCUACUGUCUGUCUAUCACUACCUCAACCCACCUACUGUCUGUCUAUACCCCACAGCUAUAUCUGUCUAUCAACACCUAACCAACCUAUUAUCUGUCUAUCAAUCAACCUCAACCCACCUACUGUUUCUAUCACUACCUCAACCCACCUAAUGUCUGUCUAUCACUACCUCAACCCAACUACGUCGUCUAUUCCACGACCUCAACCAACCUACGGUCUGUCUAUCACUACCUCAACCCCACUACUGUCUGUCUAUUCAAGACCUCAAAACCCAGCUAUUAUCGUCAUCACCACCCACCAACCUACUAUAUGUCGAUCAAUACAUCACCCACCCCCCCCCUACGUCUGUCUAUCACUACCUCAACCCAUCAUAAUGUCUGGUCUAUCACCUUACCUAACCCACUACUGUCUGUCUAUCACAACCUCACCCACCCACCUACUGUUAUUGUCUAUACAACUACCUCAACCCACCUACUGUGUCUAUCACUACCUCAACCUACCUACUGUCUGUCUAUCACUACCUCAACCUACCUACUGUCUGUCUAUCACUACCUCAACCCACCUACUGUCUAUCACUACCUCAACCCAGCUAUUAUCUGUCUAUCACCACCUCAACCAACCUACUAUCUGUCUAUCACUACCUCAACCCACCUACUGUCUAUCACUACCUCAACCCAGCUAUUGUCUGUCUAUCACUACCUCCACCCACCUACUGUCUGUCUAUCACUACCUCAACCCACCUACUGUCUAUCACUACCUCAACCCACCUACUGUCUGUCUAUCACUACCUCCACCCACCUACUGUCUAUCACUACCUCAAACCAUCUACUGUCUGUCCAUCACUAAUUACACUAAUAUAAUUCUUCCCAUCUGUAGUUUGAGCAGCUGGCCUUCCUGUGGAUGGAGCGCCAGAAGUCUGGGGGGAACUACAGCCGCUACCGGGCCCAGACGGAGAAACAUGUGGUGCUGUGUGUCAGCUGCCUCAAGAUAGACCUCCUCAUGGACUUCCUCAACGAGUUCUUUGCUCACCCCAGACUGCAGGUCUCUCCAAAAACCAUUAUCUAGGGCAGGCAUGGGCAACUUUGAUGGGGAUGGGGGCCACAAAAAAUCUGAACUCAUCAUGAGGGGCCGCAGCGGCUCGCUGGUCUGUAUACCCACAUCCAUAUCCACACACGCAGACAUGCAGUCAGAGCCGGCCCCACCCACCUUGGGAGAACAAACAUUUUAGCGGCCCCCCUCUUGACACUGGAGAGAAAAAAAACUAUGUUUUAGAGUUAAUUUCCUGCAAUUCUGCAAAUUUUUCUACAGGGAAGAUGAGAUACGGUGUGACUAAUGUGUGUGUGCGUAUGCACGCAUGCGUGUAUUCAUGUGUGUGUGCGUGUGUGUACAUCUCUGUAAUCCUCACCAGGAGCUGAAGCAGCUGAGGUAAAAUAGGGGAUUCAAUCAGCAUUAGCAUAGUUCAAACCACAUUUUUUAUUUUCAUGAGCAGCUGGGUGAGGGUGUGUAUGUGUCUUCAUAAUUGACUGAGUGUGUGAGAGAAUAUUUGUGUGAGACCCUCCCUACCCUCCCAUUAACUCCAGUGUGUGUGUGUGUGUGUGUGUGUGUGUGUGUGUGUGUGUGGUGUGUGUGUGUGUGUGUGUGUGUGUGUGUGUGUGUGUGUGUGUGUGUGUGUGUGCGUGCGUGCGUGCGUGCAUGCAUGCAUCUAUAGGACUACUACGUGGUGAUCCUGUGCCCGGCAGAGAUGGAUGUCCAGGUGCGGAGGGUCCUCCACGUGCCCCUGUGGGCACAGAGGGUCAUCUACCUGCAGGGCUCCGCCCUCAAGGACCAAGACCUCAUGAGGGCCAAGUGAGUCCCCUGCAUCGGGCCCCCAUCCAUGGGCCCCAAAUCACAGCCAUGCUACAGGGGCCCCAAACCAAGACAUGCUACAUAUCUCAUAGGCUAUGUUUGACAGUUAUCAGUGCCGAUAGCAGUUACAGUACACUGGCUCUGUUAAAUAAAGACAGCCCAAUAAAAUGAUUGGGUUUUGUCCUCCUUGUCUCUUCUGCUCCCCUGAUAGUAACUCCCAGUGAAGUAGUAAGUGUAGCAGUAGUAAAUAGUGUGGUUUGUGGAAGGACAAAUGAUGGGGGGCUAGGUCGGGGCCGCAGGGGGCUUAGUCAAAACUAGGGGACAAAAAAGAAAGCGAUGAGAAAAAAACUGAAAAAAAAAAAACGAAAAAAGAAAAAAACAACAAAAAAAAAAAAAAAAAAAAGAAGCAAGACACAAAUACAAAAAAGAAAAAAAAAAAAAAACCCAAACAAGAAAAAAAAAAAAAAACAAAACAAAAAAUAAACAAAAAGAACCCCACCCCCGAAGAAGCCGAAACCCCCAAAAAGAACCUCAAACGAAGAGAAGAAGAACCAGGAUUCAGGGAAGGCACAGCAGAGAAAAAUGGCGGGAACCGUAGACGACAGCGAUGAGCCAUAAAGUAGGUGUGGUCUAGUUGAACGAGGGUCGGACGACACGAAACGGGCACAGUGAGAGGCCGGGGCUAUCGGCCGGAAGACGGCCGCGACCCCCCCCCCCCCCACUCUCCUCUAUCUCAUCUCUUUCAUCCUUCAUCCCCUGUUCCUCUCUCCUCCUCCUGCCUCUAUCUAACCUGUGUCCUGUCUUGGCCUGACCCCUCCUGCUGCUCUACUAACUGGCUGUAGGAUGGACGAUGCUGAGGCCUGUUUUAUCCUCAGUAACCGAUUCGAGGUGGACCGCUUCGCUGCUGUACGUUCCUCAUUCUCCUUUUAAUACUUUUAAUCUCCACAACGCCACCCUCCUUCUUUUCCUGUCCUCCACUCUUCUUUCCCUCCUUUACAGCGUUCUCUCUCUACCUCUACUUUAUUUUUAUAAAAAUGUCAAUGAUCAUCCUGGGGCUCCCGAGUGGCGCAGCGGUCUAAGGCACUGCAUCUCAGUGCUUGAGGCGUCACUACAGACCCCCGGGUUUGAUUCCAGGCUGUAUCACAACCAGCCGUGAUUGGGAGUCCCUUAGGGCGGCGCACAAUUGGCCCAGCGUCGUCCGGUUUGAGCCGGUGUAGGCGUAUUGUAAUAAGAAGUUGUCUUAACUGACUCUUGCUAGUAAAUAAAGGUAAAAUAAAAUCCUAAGAACUAUUUCACAGCAAUUAUUUCCUUCUGCUUUGCUGCUUUUCUUACCACACUAUUUCACACCUGUGACAUAAUUACUGGCAUUUGAGGGAAUUUUCCUUUCUGGUGGGGCUAUAGGCGGUUAAUUCUGUUGAAAGCUCUGUGUGCCCUAGUUGAAGAGGCUUAUCAGGGGGAUUUCUACCCCCAGAGAGGAGAGAUAAUCUGAGGACUGUGGGGAGCUGCUAGCUGCUGUUGCUGCUAAUGAUUUGAGUCUGCUUUUUGUACCGCCAUAGCGCUUCUUGAAACUCGCGAAAAAGGAAUGAAAGGAAGAAAGAGAGAGUGAGAGAGUAGGAGAAAGAGAGAGGGAGAGUAGCGGAAAACGUAUAUAUAGCUCCCCCCCCUCUCUCUCUCCUCUCUCUCUCUCUCUCUCUCUCGUCUCUCUCUCUCUCUCUCUCUCUCUCUCGUCUCUCUCUCUCUCUCUCUCUCUCUCUCUCUCUCUCUCUCUCUACUCUCUCUCUCAUCUCUCCUCUCUCUCUCUCUCUCUCUCUCUAUUUAUAUAUAUAUAUCUCCUCUCUCUCUCUCUCUCUCUUUUCCACCACCAGGAUCACCAGACCAUUCUAAGAGCCUGGGCGGUGAAAGACUUUGCCCCAAACUGCCCCCUGUAUGUCCAGAUCCUCAAACCUGAGAACAAGUUCCACGUCAAGUUUGCA